UUUAUGUGAAAUUGCUCACCAAAACAGAAACUGAAUAGGAGUGAAGAAUUUUGAUUCACGGAGAAUAACCACUGAUCUGUUAGUCCUCUCACAUAGAUCAUCACAAGAAGGGUAACUGGACGAUGACGUCAUCAGUCAAGCUUUUUUGUUUUGUUCUUAAUCCGGUUACCUUCUGAAGAAACGCAACUCUGAUUCGGAAUAUUAAUCUCGACGCAUGUAGGCCUAUAUUCAUACGGUACACAUACUUGUAUGUCAACGUAGACCUCGAACGAAAUUCUGGAAAGUUAUUUUGCAGGCAUUUACGUUACCUUUGUUUUCGCGCCUCGUAGGCUAGUGAUUUGAAACCCUGGCGUCCAUGAACAUCACGAAAAGAAAAUAAGCAAUAAUUUAUUGAUUAUCUGUGGACCCUGGAAGUGGAAUGAUUUUGUGCACUAUAUAAUCAUGAUAAUGAGGCAUACCUUAGGAAAUUUAUCAGGAUGGUAAUGAGGAACAUCGGAAGGAGAGAACACUGCGAGCCUUAACUGGUCUGGCCUAUGUCUACACAGCCUGCUAAAAUAAAUAAUUUUCCCUGAACACGACUGAUAUUGUGUUCGUUCAUUCCUCUUUAACUUUUGUUUUGUUUAUAGCUGGGUAAGUAUGCCUCACGGUAUAAAAGCUAGGACAUAGUAAUGUUUGCGACCGGUUCCUGAUAUGUCACCACACUUGCUACAACAGCAUCAUCAAAAGAGGAAUUCUUUGCCUAUUUUUUUCUGCUACUCGCUGAGGGAAUCUCAUAGUAAAAGUGCAAGCAGAAAAAAAUGUCAGUGGGGUUUAUAAUGGGGAUAUGAUAGACGAAUCUGAACAAUACUGAUGCAUGUUUCGGUGACAUUAUUGAAGUGUUAUUGUAUGCCAAUCAUGGUUGUUUAGGCCCGAUCUAUGUCUCCACCAUUACUACCGGGCAUUUAUCUGUACCUUUCUGCUGAAUAAUGAAGAGAGGUUCCCUUGGAAGGGGUGCACGUACUUAAACACAAUUCUGGAUCAGGUCUGAACUCAACUUUACCCUGUUGCCAAGUGGAACCAGUUGAUACAUGAAGAAAGUAUAUGGUUGCUUGUGAUGAAUUACAGAAGUCAGGAGUGCAGAGGAUAAGUUAUGUUUGCUGUAGCUCUUUUGGUCAAUAUAUGCCCUUUCUGAACUGACCUAUUGAUAGGAAAGCUCAGUGUGGUCACCUCUGGCAAGGAGCUCGAGAAAUGGUUGUAAAAACCCCGAUACUAAGAACUAAAUACACCUCGUAGGCUAGUGAUUUGAAACCCUGGCGUCCAUGAACAUCACGAAAAGAAAAUAGGCAAUAAUUUAUUGAUUAUCUGUGGACCCUGGAAGUGGAAUGAUUUUGUGCACUAUAUAAUCAUGAUAAUGAGGCAUACCUUAGGAAAUUUAUCAGGAUGGUAAUGAGGAACAUCGGAAGGAGAGAACACUGCGAGCCUUAACUGGUCUGGCCUAUGUCUACACAGCCUGCUAAAAUAAAUAAUUUUCCCUGAACACGACUGAUAUUGUGUUCGUUCAUUCCUCUUUAACUUUUGUUUUGUUUAUAGCUGGGUAAGUAUGCCUCACGGUAUAAAAGCUAGGACAUAUUAAUGUUUGCGACCGGUUCCUGAUAUGUCACCACACUUGCUACAACAGCAUCAUCAAAAGAGGAAUUCUUUGCCUAUUUUUUUCUGCUACUCGCUGAGGGAAUCUCAUAGUAAAAGUGCAAGCAGAAAAAAAUGUCAGUGGGGUUUAUAAUGGGGAUAUGAUAGACGAAUCUGAACAAUACUGAUGCAUGUUUCGGUGACAUUAUUGAAGUGUUAUUGUAUGCCAAUCAUGGUUGUUUAGGCCCGAUCUAUGUCUCCACCAUUACUACCGGGCAUUUAUCUGUACCUUUCUGCUGAAUAAUGAAGAGAGGUUCCCUUGGAAGGGGUGCACGUACUUAAACACAAUUCUGGAUCAGGUCUGAACUCAACUUUACCCUGUUGCCAAGUGGAACCAGUUGAUACAUGAAGAAAGUAUAUGGUUGCUUGUGAUGAAUUACAGAAGUCAGGAGUGCAGAGGAUAAGUUAUGUUUGCUGUAGCUCUUUUGGUCAAUAUAUGCCCUUUCUGAACUGACCUAUUGAUAGGAAAGCUCAGUGUGGUCACCUCUGGCAAGGAGCUCGAGAAAUGGUUGUAAAAACCCCGAUACUAAGAACUAAAUACACCAUAGAUAACGUAUUAUAAAUGUACGAUCAUCAUGACAUCUUUGCGAGAAACUCGACGUAGGCCCAAAGGUCGAGCAGUGCCAGCAGGCCGCGGACCGUACGAUGUCGGCUGUGGAGACAUAAUGACGGACAUCGUAGAACCAAGUAUACUCUUGCGAUUAUUUUAUCCAAUCGACCACCUCGAAAAUGGGAUUCCAAUGGAGCAACGCCCUUCCUGGUUGCCUAGCGACCAUUAUGCCCAUGGAUUCGCCGAUAUUGGUGGGGUCAAGUUCUUAGGAACAAGGAUUAAGAAGCUGUUAGAAAACAUCAAGCUACCUGCCCAUUGGCAUGGUAAACUGAGUGAAUCCAAGACCAAGUAUCCAGUCAUCAUCUUCAGCCAUGGACUUGGUGGAUGUAGAACAUUAUACACCAGCAUAUGUAUGGAUAUCGCCUCCUGUGGAUGCAUCGUGGCGGCGGUAGAACACAGAGAAAACUCUGCCUGCCAUUCGUUCUUUUUGACUGAAUCUAGCAAAGAUAAAACAAUCCCAACCAAUGGCAAUGAGCAGCAAUCAACGCCGCACUACAAGGCGGUAGACUUCAUAAAAGCACCGUAUGAAGUCGAUGAUCUACGAUUAAAACAGAUCACCCAAAGACGGGACGAGUGUAUCGCGAGCCUCAGCUUUCUUGAAGUUCUUGAUGACGGCUUCAACUACCAAAGCGACAUCGAUCGGGACUUUGAUUUGCUGCAGUUUAAGGGGCGGUUAGACUUAUCAUCUGCUGCAAUUUGUGGCCAUUCGUACGGAGGUGCUACAACGAUUGCUACACUUAGCCAUGAUAAAAGAUUCAAAUGUGGAGUCGCCUGCGACCCAUGGGGCUAUCCUCUUUCUCUUGAUACGAGUUUCCGGUGCAUGGAUCAACCGAUGCUCUUCAUCAACACAGAGAAGUUUCAGUUCAAAGACAAUAUCGAGCAUCUCCUCUGUUUUAUGCCGGAUCCGAUGGCGACGUCGGGACCGAGGCAGAUGAUCACGAUAAGAGGAAUGGAUCAUCAAUGUCAAACAGACCUGGGAUUCGUCUUCCCUCCUUUCAUCGCAAAGAUUCUCAAGAUGCGAGACAAAUUGCAUCCUAAGGUUGCCAUAGAAACCAACAACGACGCCAUGAUCGCAUUCCUCUCAAAGUACAUCAGUUUGGAAAGAGGGGCUGGGAUGACGUCAUUCGAUGCGAUGUCGAACCCACUCAUCAUGCCCGGACACAAUGUUAGGAUGACACCGCCGUGGUGGAAGAAGAAGUUCGGCGAGAAGAAAAAUACUAAGAAAGUCGCGCCAACAGAAGUCACUCUUUGAUGAUUAGAAAUAUCCAUGACAUCGAGCAGUAAUAUUGAGCGGAUAAAAACCUCCGGAAUGACUGAUUUAUUCUGGCCACUAUAGCCAGGAUCACGUUGCAUAAAAUAAAAUAACUAAAGAUCAAUCUUAAAGUCAAAUCUUUUAAAACCAAAUAAGUCUGUUAAACCUUGAUAAAUUUUCACGUACAAGAUGCAAUAACUCGAGUUUGUAUUUUCUGGUCUGAAAGUAAUGCUCCGACUCCGGCAAUAAAUUAUUCGAUACAUGGAAAGUUGACUUAUACGCAGAUUAUAUAGUAUCAUUGCUAUCAAGUGGAACUUAUAAUGUAUUGCAUUGCAUGUAUUCUGAUCGGCUGUUGAGCAUUGGCACCAUGGUAGAAACAUUGGAUGGCAAAUAUAGCCAAGCCUUAGGCAUAACUGUAACUUUAUGCAGUAGGGUCCAGGUCGGACAUUAGGCAAAUCAUGUUUGAACUUUCUCUAACCUUAUUUAACUUCAUUUAUGAUGAUAUUGGCCAGCAUGAAGAGUAGAGGAAUAAUUGAACUGUCUGAUGAUGUAAAUGAAAUAUAACUAAUUUGCAUUUGAAGAAACUUGUGAGAAUCCCGGUUUCCUUUUUUCUGGGACGCACUGCAUAUUAACAUAUUUUUAUUCAUUAUCAUGUUAGAAUACGAUAUGUGUAAGUAUAUGAAGAAUAGGUGCGUAUGUAAUAAAGUUGUAUGAUAUUACGUAAUUUAUGUAAAAUGGAAAUUUCAAUUUUAAUGACAAUAAAUACCUUGAAUCACUAUCUA